ACGGCGCCGUGUUUAUAGUGAACACGGGCAGACUGCAGACUGGUCGAAGGAGACUGUGUAUGUACCUGUGCAUUAAUCUGCCUAACUACGCUCCCGUUCAGCUAUCUAUCGACGGAGCCCAUUAGGUAACCAAAGGACUUCACCUGACCUGGGGCAAUAAGGCCAAAUACUGAACUGUUGGUCCAUUUGAAGGUGAAUUACAGCUACCACAACAACGCGGUGUGUGUGUGUGUGUGUGUGUAUGUGUGUGCGCAUGAUGAGCGGCUGAGGAGGAGGAGGAGGAGGAGGAGAAGAAGAAGGAGGCUGCGGUCUGAAACCAGAUUUUAUCCUGGAUAUUUCGAAACCAGCGUCGUGUCGUUGACACAAGGGGACCGUGUGUCGGUGUAAUAUGUCGCUGUAUGUCCUCGACCGUCUGUUUCCAUCCUAGUUUUAAAGGGGGGUCGACCCGUUUUGUGCUCCUCUCCUCAGGAUCCUCCAGCAGCGGGACGUUGAACGCUUUUCUCCAGAUAUGGAGUGUGAAGAUGCGGAUUACAGAGGAAUCCCCACCGCUAGUUUAGCCGCGUUGGUUUCAGUACCCACACCAGCACGGCGUUGUUUUCGGCUGGAAUAAACAGUGAAACUAUGAAUACUUAUUUUCUGGCUAGAGGAACAAAUCGGUGAUUUUGGAGCACGGUCGGACUCCCAUUAGGAAACGUGAGAACGCUAUCCUGCUAGCCUGUAUGUAGUAGCUAUUAGCUCCAUUAGCCGGCUAACAGCUAAAAGGUGCUGGCUGGAGAUUAAAAAAGCUCUUUAAUCAUUCUGACCAGGUUUUGCCCACGUUUCCUCCCCUCAACAUAUUUAUUUACAGGAUUUGGGAGGAUUUACUCAUCCAGUAAUGAGGUCUCGAAUGGAAAGGAGCCGCUUGACCUUGUUUUGGGGUCUGAUGCUGGGUCUGUCGUCCUGCCUCCGGCCCGCCACCGCAGAGAUCUGUGGUCCCAGCAUCGACAUUGGCAAUGACAUCGGUGAAUUCAGACGUCUGGAGAACUGCACUGUGGUGGAGGGCUACUUGCAGAUCCUCCUCAUCGGUGACAAAAACAACAACAUCAACCAGGAAGGGUUCCGCUCCCUCAGCUUCCCCAAGCUGACCAUGAUCACCGACUACCUGCUGCUAUUCAGGGUAUCCGGCCUGGACAGCCUGAGUGCGCUCUUUCCCAACCUCACAGUCAUACGCGGACGAAACCUUUUCUACAACUACGCCCUCGUGAUCUUUGAAAUGACCAGCCUGAAGGACAUUGGCCUGUACAACCUGAGGAACAUCACCCGCGGCGCCAUCCGCAUUGAGAAGAACCCUGAGCUCUGCUACCUGGACUCCAUAGACUGGUCCCUCAUCAUGGACGCGGAGUUCAACAAUUACAUCGCCGGCAACAAGCAGUCCAAGGAGUGCAGCGACGUUUGUCCAGGCAUCAUGGAGAACAGCCCUCAGUGCAGAAAGACCAUGUUCAACAACAACUACAACUACCGCUGCUGGAAUUCCAAUCACUGCCAGAAAGAGUGCCCAGAGAAGUGUGUACGGAGAACAUGCACAGCGGACGGCGAGUGCUGCCACCCUCAGUGUCUAGGCAGCUGCACAGUCGCUGGUAGUGACACAGCAUGUGCGGCGUGUGUGCAUUAUUACUACCAAGGACGCUGCGUGGCCGACUGCCCUCAAGGCACCUACAAGUUCGAGGGCUGGCGCUGCAUUAGCGCCGAGCUUUGCUCCAAAGUCCACCUCCCCGACUAUGACAGCUUCAUCAUCCACGGUGGAGAGUGCAUGUCUGAAUGCCCAUCUGGGUACACGCGCACCGCACCCAACAGCAUGUUCUGUACAGCCUGUGAUGGCCUGUGUGAUAAAGUGUGUGAGGAGAAGGUCAUCGACUCCAUGGAUGCCGCUCAGUCUCUCAAAGGCUGCACUGUUAUCAAAGGCAACCUGCAUAUCAACAUCCGCAGAGGCCACAACAUGGUGGCAGAGCUGGAGAGUUUCACAGGUUUGAUCCAGAGGGUGACGGGCUAUGUGCGGAUCAGACAUUCCCACACUCUGAGCUCCCUGGCCUUCCUCCGCAGCCUCAGAUACAUCGAUGGAGAGGAGCUUCUGGACGACAUGUACGCCUUCUCAGCAUUUGACAACCAGCAGCUCCAGUAUCUUUGGGACUGGAAGCAGCACAACCUCACCAUCAAGGCAGGAAAGCUGUUCUUCAGAGCCAACCCAAAGCUCUGCACGUCUGAGAUCCGCAAGAUGUGGGAGAAGACGGGCAUCCAGGGCCGCUUUGAUGAGAGCGAUUUCCGAAACAACGGCGACAGAGCCAGCUGUGUAAGUGCUAUCCUGAAGUUUAAGUCCAACAGCACGAGCAGUACAAGGAUCAAACUGACCUGGCAGCGCUACCGUCCCCCCGACUACAGAGACCUAAUCAGCUUUAUCGUCUAUUACAAGGAGGCGCCAUACCAAAACAUCACAGAGUUCGAGGGGCAGGAUGGCUGUGGCUCCAACAGCUGGAAUAUGGUGGAUGUGGAGCUGAGGCCAGACAAGGACUCAGACCCAGGAGUCCUGCUGUCCAGCCUAAAGCCCUGGACGCAGUACGCUGUAUUCGUUAAGGCAAUCAUACUGAUGGUGGAUGAUAAACAUAUGCCUAGUGCGAAGAGCAAGGUGGUCUACAUCCGCACCAGCCCUUCAGCACCCUCCAUGCCUCAGGAUGUGAGAGCGUACUCUAACUCAUCUACACAGCUGGUGGUGCGUUGGUCACCCCCUGUCUCACCAAAUGGAAACCAGACUUACUACCUGGUCAGAUGGCAGCAACAAGCUGAAGACAGAGAGCUCUAUCAGCACAACUACUGCUCUAAAGAGCUCAAGAUCCCCAUAAGGAUUGCUGCCAUAGGUGUGGGAGACCAGGAAGAGGACACCAAACCCACUAAGCCAGACCCUGACGGGGCAGACAAAGGCCCCUGUUGCCCCUGCCCCAAAUCAGUCGAGGACCUGGAGGCCGAAGCUGCUGACGCCUCUUACCGAAAAGUCUUUGAAAACUUCCUGCACAACUCUAUUUUUACACCAAGGCCAUCAGAUCGUCGCCGCAGAGAUCUCUUUGGGGUAGCCAACUCCACUCACUCGCGCCGCAACCGUCUGCACACCAACAGCAGCACUGUCCCGCCUCUCCAAGCCGCUGGUAACAGCAGCACCGCGGAUGUGGAGCCGGCAGACAGAGAGUUUGAGUUUGUGGAGCAAGCAGUGACGGAGCGGGAGCUGCAGAUCUCUGGCCUGCAACCUUUCACAGUUUACCGCAUCGACAUUCACGCCUGCAAUCGACAGGUCCAACGCUGCAGCGCCGCAGAGUUCGUCUUCUCCAGAACCAAGCCUGCAGAAAAGGCUGACGACAUCCCCGGCCCAGUGACCUCUGAGGGCCAUGAGGACUGGAUGUUUCUGCACUGGCCGGAGCCACAUCACCCCAACGGACUCAUCCUUAUGUAUGAGAUCAAGUUUAAACUGGCUUCUGAGACCGAGAAGCACGAAUGUGUGUCUGCUCAGUUGUAUCAGACCCAGCAAGGCGUUCGUCUGUCCAACCUCAGUCCAGGAAACUACUCGGUCAGAGUCAGAGCCACAUCACUGGCUGGCAACGGCUCCUGGACACCCACUCUGGAUUUCUAUGUGGCUGAACGAUAUGAAAACGUCCUCUACGCUAUGAUCUUUGUUCCCAUCGCCAUCAUCCUCUUCAUCUGCCUUUUAGUCGCGAUGCUGGUGGUCCUCAACAGGAAAAGGAACAGCGACCGGCUUGGAAAUGGAGUCCUGUACGCCUCCGUCAAUCCAGAGUACUUCAGCGCUGCAGAAAUGUAUGUACCAGAUGAGUGGGAGGUGGCACGGGAGAAGAUCUCCCUGAGUCGUGAGCUCGGGCAGGGGUCCUUUGGCAUGGUGUACGAGGGCUUGGCAAAGGGCGUGGUCAAAGAUGAACCGGAGACCCGCGUCGCCAUUAAGACCGUCAACGAGUCGGCCAGCAUGAGGGAGAGAAUAGAGUUUCUCAAUGAAGCCUCUGUCAUGAAGGAGUUCAACUGUCACCACGUGGUUCGUCUCCUGGGAGUGGUUUCUCAGGGCCAACCCACCCUGGUCAUCAUGGAGCUAAUGACUCGGGGAGACCUGAAGAGCUACUUACGCUCUCUCCGACCGAAAGAGCAGCAGUGGUCGAGCCUGUCGCUCCCUCCUCUGAAGAAGAUGCUUCAGAUGGCCGGUCAGAUCGCCGACGGCAUGGCUUACCUCAACGCCAAUAAGUUUGUCCACAGAGAUCUGGCAGCCAGGAACUGCAUGGUGGCUGAGGACUUCACUGUAAAGAUAGGAGACUUUGGCAUGACCAGAGACAUCUAUGAGACCGAUUACUACCGCAAAGGUGGUAAGGGUUUGCUCCCCGUCCGCUGGAUGUCACCCGAGUCUCUGAAAGACGGAGUCUUCACCACCACCUCUGAUGUCUGGUCGUUCGGGGUUGUAUUAUGGGAGAUUGCAACUCUGGCAGAACAGCCCUACCAAGGUCUGUCUAAUGAGCAGGUGCUCCGCUUCGUCAUGGAGGGAGGGCUGCUGGAGAAACCACAGAACUGUCCUGACAUGCUGUUCGAGCUGAUGCGAAUGUGUUGGCCAGUAUAAUCCUAGGAUGCGUCCAGCCUUUGUGGAGAUCAUCACAGCAUAAAGGAUGGAGCUGGAGGCCAUUUUCAGGAGAGGCCAGUUUCUUCUACAGCGCGGAUAACAAGCCGCCCGGCGAGGCUCCGCCGCUGCACCUGCGACAAGAUGGACAACAUGACGACAUUCCUCUGGAACCGCCCUCUUCCCACACAGCCACAGCAAACCCCAGUCUCCCAACAGACCCUCCCCAAGCUCAGAGGCUCCACCCGCCCCGUCGCUAGCCCCCAGCUCCCCCUCAUCUCCCUGUACAUCCACCGCUGUCACGGACAAGCAGCCCUCUGGCCAGCAGGCAGCCAACGGGCUGUCGGGGGCGGGCCUUGCAGCAGGGUCAGGGCUCGGAUCGGGCUCAGUGCUGCCAUCUCUGGACGAACUGCCGCCGUAUGCACACAUGAACGGCGGACGCAAAAAUGAACGGGCCAUGCCUCUCCCGCAGUCCUCUGCCUGCUGAUUGGACAGACACCCACCAGACCUCACACCCUGCCACCUGCUGCUCUGCAGAAGUCUCAGUGGGUGUGGCCUCUUUUUUUUUUUUUGUUUUUUUUUGUUUUUUUAUCUCCUACAGCAAAACCAUGUCCACCUUCUGGGUGUAGCUACUCGGUGAGGAGCAAAGACUCACAGGAAGGUGGAGACUGUCACCAAGUCCAUGUUCUGCUGUACCUCCACACACUUUUUUCCAUAUUAUUCUAGUUUUGGUUUCUACCAGCUGGCUGUCAGAUGUGACACUGCCCUUGCUGCUGAGUGGGAAGACCAAAAAAUGGUAAAAGAAAGAAAAAAAUAAUAAUUUUGGGGAGACCUCUCUCUUUAUGGCUGAACUUAUUUUAUAUAUUGUUGUUUGUUACUUUUUUAUAUGUAUUUCCAAAUGGGAAAACAAAAUGUGUAGGCCUUUAUAAAUGACCGGCGUUUUGGUCGCUUUUGGGCGGGCAUUAUGGUGAAACUGUUAAGCAUAUCUAAUGAAAAAGCACUUCAGAGAGGUCAGGGUCUCCAUCGGACGUCCAGUAGUCUCAUUGCUCUGCAGGCUGGUUGUCAGCGUAAUGCUGGGUUAACAGCCGAUCCGCUGAAACAAAGCACCAGAGGGAGAAAGGUCAAAUCUGCCAAAUUAGUUGCCAAAAUUUUACUUUUUGUCAAAUUCUCUCUUCUGCAGUCCUGCCCUGUAAUUCUCCAAACACACCAGAUUGAAAAUGGAGGCAACAAAAAAAGCACUUUGAUCUGCUACCACACCGUUCUUAAAAUCUGUGAUCAAAGGGGAUAUUAACUUCCCUCUACAGUCCUACACUACUCUUCUAUUUUUGUUUGAUAUCCACAGCUACUGUACUCAACACAAAUUGAAGUCAUGGACUUUGGUUACAUCAGUUUAUCUGAAAUUGAGCCACAUCCUCUCACAAAGUGCUGUUCUGUUAUGGUUUAAAAGCCAAAUCCAGUCAAUGAAGAAGCAAAAAAAAACAACCUUGAAGCAAGGACUGCGGAGGGAAGAGCGUAAAGUGGAAAACCAAUAUGAACACUAUAUCUAUAACGUCUCUUAAUUGGGGUUUGCUCUGAGUUCAGAGGCAUCGUUGUUGUAUACAAACAGGUAUUUUUUUAGACUAGUCAUUAGUCUCCAACAUUUACAACAUCUCUACGUGGGCAGAGCAUUUAUGUACGCAACCAGUUUUAUGUGUCACUUUUUUAACUUUUAUACGGUUGGAGACAUUCAUCAUGUACAGAAAGAAGCUGCUAUUCCUUUAUUUCUCUUGUGGUUGUAAUAUAGUUAAUAUCUAUAUAUAUAUACAUAUAUCUAUAUCUAUAUAUAUAGAUAUAGAUAUAUAUAAAAAGAGAUGAACUACGAACGUUUUCACUACAGUCCAUUUUUUAAUGCUUGUAAUUGUGUAAAGUGUAUCUGAGCUGGUUUCGUUUCUGUGUUCGCGUAAAGGUACGACAAUUUGCCUUGUGUUUUGAAACACCGGUAACUUCCCCUCCCAUCUGACUAGAGGACAGCGAUGGUACCCGUAACCAUCGAUGCUCUUGUGUUCUCUCGGGACGCCUCAACCUCUGUCCUCUAGGGUAUAUACUCAUACUCAGAGUCAGGCUUCACUGCUGAGUCCCAACUAAAUCUCAGGUCAAAGAGAAAAAUUUAAUCCUUUUCUACGUUCCUUUUCUUUUUCUCUCUCUCUUUUUUUUUUGUGCUGUUAAUACAUUGAGACAUCCAGUCUGGUGUGUGUGUGUCUGAUUCUAUGUCCCUCUGACUCUGCUAUUUCAUUUUCUGUUAUUAUUGGACAAGAGCAGUGUUUCUGAGACCAGAAGGGGGUUUGGAUGGAUGGAUCCUUGAACUUAUUUAAUGGAGCCCCAAAACUGGCAAAAUGUAGUAAAAUGUUAUCAGACAAGUCAGAAUAUAAGUGAGUACAUACAUAAAUCAUAUUUGGUCACAUUUAUUUGUCUGUUCCCAAUUUCCCUGAUUUGUUCAUUUGUUUUAGCUAGCUACCUAGCUGAAGCUGACUUUUAUCAUAAAAGCACCCCACUUAGUGCACAUAAUGUUAAUCAUCCAUAUACUGUGCUGCCUACUUCGAUGGACUUUUUUCCACUCUGGACAAGAGACAUGCACUUAAAGACAAAGAAGCCAGUUAAGGUUGUUAGCAUAGUUUUCUGAUUAAAGUUAGCUGCAGCCAGGUAGCUAUCAGUUCGAUCAGGUAAGUGAGCCUGACUGUGUGAGUUGUACGAGUGAAUGAAAUUAGGAAAACUAAGGAGCUAUUGAAAAAGAAUAGUGGCGAGAAAUGAAUUACAUUUUAGUAUUGAUAUGUUUCAUGUUUCUGUUUACUCUCCAUUUUAAUCAUUUAGACAACAGUUCUAUUUUUGACCUUUCUGAUAACCUUUUAUUAAAUCUUGUCAGUUCCAGUUUUCCAUAUGUUUGUGCUGUGUAAUAACACUGGUUUAAAGGUACAAAGUCAAUGCAAAACGAUUUAUUUAAAUGUAGCAGCGAGCCUUCACAUCUCUAAAGGCAAGUGCAAAAAACCCCUGUCUGUAGGAUAACUUCACUUCCUGCUAAUCCUCCUCUCUUGAAUCUAGCGUGGUUUUCUGUAUGCUGCUGGAGCAAUCCACAUUAUUUAUCUUUUUCCAACAUAUUAACGUGUUUGUAGACGAUUGCUGAAGUUAAAUUGUUUUGAGAAAGGAGUGGAAUUAUCUUACAGCACUGAGAGACAUUGAUGAGAAGAGCACAUUAAAAUGAUUAUAAUAUUAUUAAAACUGAUAGAGAACUAACUGAGCAUAAACAGACUGCUUUAGGUUCAUGGGAGAAACCCAUCGCACUAAAAUAUGAAGACGAUCAUGGAAUAGUGGAAUAAUUAAAGGCUCAUUCACCUCAAAGUUUUCAUUCCCAGCCCAGAUGUUCCUUGGUUAUUUAUAUUCUUUUUUUGUGAAAUCACUGUACAAAUUCCCCUUUUUUCCUUCAGAUUUUUUUGAUGAUCUUUUGCCGUUUUGGAGGAAGGUUUUGUUAUCCCUUCAACCAUCCAUCUACCUCACUCUUUUUUCAAUCUAUUUACAUGUACAGAAAAACACAACAUCUCAUCUCUGUUGUCCGGCUGUAAUUAAACCUUACUGAGGGCUGUUUUAAUAUGGUCAAAUUCAAACCACAAACCAAACCAUCCUGGAGGGGGAGGAGGAGGGGGCACAGAAACACAGUGAAUGAUGAAAACCAGGUUCUUGCUGGUAAAUGUUUCCCUCUGAUCUUGCAGGUAAUCUGCAAAUCAUUCAGGCUCCUCAAACCUACAGCCUGAAGUCCAGCCUCAGUUUGUGCCUCUCGUGUACCGCCGUUCCAUUCGAGUGACAUCGCUGUGCAUAUGGGGUUUUUGUUUUUUGUUUUCGGGGGUGGGGGGUCUUUUAACAAUGCAUACUGCUGUUCUGAAGGCAUUUCCAGAAUCCUCAAAGACCCUUUGAACAACACUUUGAUGAACAAGAUGUUUAACCUGUUUACCCAAGUGAACUAUAGUGGACUAUAUUACAUAGCUCCUUGCUUGUUUUGUACAACACAAGAAAAAAUAUUAACACAUUAUUCUGAAAAUAAUACAGUGUACUAGGUUUGAGCGAGUACUCUACUGCAGCGAGUGUCUGGUACAGAUAAUGUACUUUUUACCAGUAUUAUCAGAGUAAAAUCUGUCAGUAUCCAUACUUGUAAAUAUAGCAACUUUUCUAUAUAAAAAAAGUCUUAAAAUAGUUUUUCUUGUGAUCCAAAACAUUAUUCUGAAGGUCAAUUCUGAGGCUGUUCUCUAGAUAGUGUUCUAAUAAAUAUAGCAACUUCUGAUCAACCCAUAUGGAUUUCAGGGUUAAAUGAACAACUCCCGGGUCGUCCCACGCACUUCAGCUCUCACACACCCACCUCUGCUUUAAGCCAGUUCAGAUAUGAAUACAGAUAGUUUAGUUGGUUGGGCGGAUACAGAUAAUGGCCAUCUCUACAGUGUAGCAUGUAGACUACUGUAACUUGUACACAUUGCAUACAGACGUAUGGCGUUUCCGGCUGCCAUCUCUGUUUGGAU